AUGGCUUUCAUCGUCGAUUCAACGGCCGUGGCAACGGCUAGCGCACUUAUUACACUGUAUGGCGAUGUCGUGCGCAUUGCAACUGACGAGCUUAGCUUUGCUCACGGUCAGGGCUGGAAAGAAAUCUACGGCACCAGCGCUAACGCCCGCGGCACGCGAGCGAUACGCGGUGUAGAAGAAGAAGGUGGCGCCCGAUCCGUCGUGACAUCAAAUGGCGAGGACCAUACACGACAGAAAAGAAUGAUGACGCAGGUCCUUGCCGAAAAGACACUGAAAGAAAAUGAAGAAACCUUUGUCAAAUAUACGGAUCUGCUUGUGCAGCGUCUAGAGGAAUCCAAAGGCGAGCCCCUGAAUAUAUCAGACUGGUAUAAUUUCAUGACAUUCGACGUUAUUGGCGAACUCCUCUUCAGCGAAUGCCUGGGUUUGCUAACCCACUCCAAAUAUAUCCCUUGGGUAGAGUCUGUCUCACAGUUUCUGAAAGCAUUCGCGAUGAUAGUAGUACUGAACGAGUACUGGCUUUUCCGCGUGGUUUGGAAUCUUAUGCCACAGAAACUUCUGAGUAACUUGCGACGGACUUUCCUUGCCUAUACUUCAGAGAAGCUGGAACGAUACCUGAAACGAACGGAGGCCGACAAGAACAGCAAAGGCAUCAUCGGGAUGUUACUAGAUGGAGGGAGCCGGCAUGGAAUCACAAUGCGCGAGCUUCAUUCAAAUGCUCCAAUCCUCGUGUUUGGCGGUAGCGAGACGACGGCUACACAGUUACGUUGUUUGACAUUUCUUUUGUUCAAGAACCCGCGCUGCAUGGAGAAGCUGGUAAAGGAGAUUCGUACUAAGUUCUCCGCCUCCAACGAGAUCACAUACGAUGCUUUGUUGGGAAUGAAAUAUCUCACUGCCUGCAUGGAGGAGACUCUACGAGUGUACCCACCGUGUACAAACGGGUUACCCCGUGUUGUGCAAAAGGGAGGAGCGAUGAUAUGCGACGAGUUGGUUCCCGCUGGAACUAACGUAUCUGUUGCUGCAUUCUCGCUCUUCCGCUCCCCAAAAUACUUCCAUCUGCCUGAUUCUUUUGUUCCAGAGCGAUGGCUUGCGGACGUUAAAGGGCUCGAUCCACAGUUUGCCAAGGAUGAUAAGGCUGCGUAUCAACCAUUCAGCUAUGGUGCACACAAUUGCCCUGGUAAAAAGAUGGCAUAUUAUGAAGCUCGCCUCAUAGUCUCCAAAUUGCUUUGGCAUUUCGACCUUGAAAUUGUUCCAAAGGAGGGUGGUGCAUUCGAUAACUGGGACCAUGUGGAAAACUAUCAAACCUACGUCAAACUGCCUCUGUGGGUCAAGGUGACUCCAGUGAAGCGGUGA